AUGAUAGUUCAUGAGCUCGUGAAACGAGGCAAAGGCAAGGUCCUGCAAUCUCUGGUCAGCACCUAUGGCUUUGAUGUCAAUGCUCAACGAGAAGAUGGCUGCACUCCUCUCCACCUUGCGUCUUGGUACAAUCAAGAGUCAUUGAAGCUGCAGCUGAUGCAGCUUGGUGCAGAUCCAUCUCUCCGCAACAGCUAUGGCGAAGUAGCAAGUCAAGUCGAAGGCAACACCAUCAGCUCCAUGUUGCAAGGGGCCCGCAGCUUUGGCGACGUCUUGGAGCUUGUCCAUAGCCGUCUUGCAGACUUUUCUGCGAGGGAGAAGGUGCAAGCUUUCCACUUGCUUGGGGUCAAGACUUCAAAAACGGAAUCCUUCGAGUCUCGGCCCGUGCAGAUGCAAGCCGAAAUGCGUUCCCAGCCUGCAUACAUGCAGCUGGUCCAUGCAUGCAGCGAGCUCAUUAAUGGGCCAAUGGAUGAGAUGUCCCCUGUUGUCUGGACAAGCCUCCUGAAGUCAAUGGUUUUACUGCGUGAGAACCAUAUUUUGGAAUCCAUGGCCGCGAGGUUUGAGCAGCAAGACAUGGCCAAAAUUGAUUGGGAAGCUGAUCGAAUAGCAUUGGUUCUGUGGGGCCUUGCCAAGAUUGAUGCAGGAAAGCCGCGAUGGAUCAGGGGCUUCGUAGUCUUUGGCAACAUCCUUGCGGCGAAGUUGUCUAACCUGGAUCAACGCUUUGUGAGCAUGUCCGUCUGGGCCUAUGGAAAGAUGCGCCUCAAGCAUGAAGGCUUCUUUGAGGCUUGCUCAGAGUACUUGGAGACUCGUGGCCAACAGCUUGAGCCCCAAACAUUGUCCGGUUUAACAUGGGCUUUUGCCAGGAGCGGUUUUCACAACCUUCGUGCCCUCACGACACUUGCAAGGCUCUGCAUUCAGCGGAUGGAUGAGUUCAUCAAUCAAGACGUUGCAAAUUCGGCUUGGGCACUUGCAAAGCUUGAAAGGGCAGACGCGGCAUUCUUCCAAGCUGCCUUCAUGGAAGCCUCAAAGUUCUUGUUCACUGCGAGUUACAAGCGUCAUGUGCGUGUUGCAGGACAGGCAGACAUUUUGUCCUGGGCGCAGAUCUACUAUGCCUACAGGUUCUGUGUCCGAAGAUGCGAAGAAGGCUUGCGCGGAAUGUCUCCGCAUCUCAGCCAUGACCUGCGAUCCAUGGACCGGAUGCGCAUGGGCGAGAACGUGGAAGGGGCUUUCUCAGAGAGCUCCGGCCUCAACUCUGAUAGGCGACUCCGUGAUCUUGACAGGCUCAUUGAGUCAUUGGAGCGAGGAGAAGGGAUUGAUGAAGGCCUGGACUUGCCUGGCGACAGCCUGGAGGCGCAGCAUGCCACUGCUGCUUCUGAUGACAUGCUUCAGGCGUCUGAGGCCAAUGCAAGGUUAAGCCAAGAGAUGAUUGGCGCUCAGCGUACGCACAUGCCGCGCGUGUUGAUUCUUGGUUUCUCUCGCAGUCCUGAGUCCUUCAAACAUGCCUUGUUGGAGGGUCCUGAUUUGGCGCCUUUGCGGGCAUCUCUGCAAGAGAGGCAGUAUCCGUGCGUCUUGGACUCUGGUGCCAAAGUCUUCGUGCGUCCCGAGCAGUACGAGGCAGUUCUUGAAGCAAUCCGUCAGGAAGAAGCACGCGGACUGGUCAUGAAGAGCUCACAUGUGAUUGUCUCGGAGGAUGUUGAGGAGAUGGUCGUGAAGGUGCUGUGUUCCGUCCCAAGCAGCCAACAAGUUCGCGUACGGACAGCUCAGGAGUUGCCA